CACCUUGCAGUUCCGCUACUCUCUACUCGAAUUGAGUAGUAAAGUUCACAUUUGGUAUCGAGGAUGAUGGAAGAAGAUGAUGAUUACGUGGAGUACGUGCCUGUGGCGAAGCGCAGGGCCAUGCAAGCACAGAACAUCCUUCAACAAAAAGGGAAGUACUUUGUUUCUUCUUCCUCCUCCUCCUUCGUUGGCGAUGAUGGGAGCGAAGCGAAACCGAGCCUUCUGGUUAAGGCUUCGCAGCUGAAAAAGGAACAGCCGGAGAUCAGUGCUACGGAGCAGAUUCUUCAACAAGAGCAGGAGAUGCUCGACAAUUUGCCUGACAGAAAAACCCUUUUGUCCGUUCGUGAAUUGGCGAAGGGAAUCACUUACUCUGAGCCUCUGCCAACUGGGUGGAAACCACCUCUGCGCCUGAGAACCAUGCCCAAAAGGGAAACUGAUUUGAUCCGGAAACAGUGGCAUAUCAUUGUUCACGGUGAAGAUGUCCCUUGCCCUGUUAAGAAUUUCAAGGACAUGAGGUUCCCUGAUCCCAUCUUAAACAAGCUGAGAGCAAAAGGGAUAGUUCAACCGACUCCAAUUCAGGUUCAGGGCCUUCCUGUCAUUUUAUCAGGAAGGGAUAUGAUUGGCAUUGCUUUUACCGGCUCUGGCAAGACUCUUGUCUUUGUGCUUCCAAUGAUCAUGCUGGCAUUGCAGGAGGAGAUUAUGAUGCCUGUUGUUCCCGGAGAAGGCCCUUUUGGAUUGGUUGUUUGCCCAUCUAGGGAACUUGCAAGGCAGACUUAUGAAGUGGUUGAGCAGUUCUUGAAGCCUUUGAGGGAAGCCGGUUAUCCUGAGCUGAGGCCGUUGCUUUGUAUUGGUGGGAUAGACAUGAGAUCACAGGUGGAUGUUGUGAAGAAGGGUGUUCACAUUGUUGUUGCCACUCCUGGAAGAUUGAAGGAUUUGCUGGCAAAGAAGAAGAUGAAUCUUGACAGUUGUAGGUACUUGACUCUGGAUGAGGCUGAUAGGUUGGUGGAUUUGGGGUUUGAGGAUGACAUUAGAGAAGUCUUUGAUCACUUCAAAGCUCAGAGGCAGACCCUUCUGUUCUCUGCCACCAUGCCAACCAAAAUCCAGAACUUCUCAAGAAGCGCUUUGGUGAAGCCAGUUAUAGUGAAUGUGGGAAGGGCAGGGGCUGCAAAUCUUGAUGUGAUUCAGGAGGUAGAGUAUGUCAAGCAAGAGGCCAAAAUAGUGUAUCUCCUCGAGUGCCUCCAGAAAACCCCACCACCUGUUUUGGUGUUCUGCGAAAACAAGGCUGAUGUGGAUGACAUUCAUGAAUAUCUUCUAAUGAAAGGAGUAGAGGCAGUUGCCGUUCAUGGAGGCAAGGAUCAAGAAGAGCGAGAGUAUGCCAUUGCGGCCUUUAAGUCUGGAAAGAAAGAUGUGUUGGUUGCAACUGAUAUUGCGUCCAAGGGUCUGGAUUUUCCUGAUAUUCAGCAUGUCAUCAAUUAUGACAUGCCGGCUGAAAUCGAGAAUUAUGUGCAUAGAAUUGGAAGGACUGGAAGAUGUGGCAAGACUGGUAUAGCAACCACUUUCAUAAACAAGAACCAAAGUGAGACAACACUGCUUGAUCUGAAACACCUUCUGCAAGAAGCUAAGCAGAGGAUUCCUCCAGUUUUGGCAGAUUUGAUUGAUCCCACGGAAGAAAAUGAUGAGAUUACUGGCAAAACUGGUGUCAAGGGAUGUGCAUAUUGUGGCGGUCUUGGUCAUCGCAUCCGUGAUUGUCCUAAAUUCGAGCAUCAGAAGAGCAUGGCGAUUGCUAAUACUAGGAAGGAUUAUUUUGGAUCUGGUGGUUACAGGGGAGAAAUUUGAAGGGUGUUACAAUUCUACGGCUAGUUUUUAAACUUUAGUAAGUAGGAUAUAGUUUAUAGCUUCUGUUUGAUUCUAUGGAUUUUGAUCCGUUUAUGUAAUCUAGGAUGAUCCGAACGUACACAAACAUAUUCAGUUAAGUCGUUGAGGGAACUGUUAGUGUAUGC